GACGCCGCUGCAGACAUCAUGGCGGGCCCGUUCCUGUCGCCGCUGCCGGGAGACCUGCUGUCCGAGUACAUGUUCGGCCGCCGCAGGCAGCAGCGCCGGAACCGCACCACCUUCACGCCGCAGCAGCUGCAAGAGCUGGAGUCCCUGUUCCAGAAGACGCACUACCCGGACGUCUUCCUGCGGGAGGAGGUGGCGCUGCGCAUCAGCCUGUCCGAGGCACGCGUACAGGUGUGGUUCCAGAACAGGCGCGCCAAGUGGAGGAAGCAGGCGCGACUGCAGCUGCUGCAGGACGCGUGGCGCAUGCGCUGUCUGGGGCUCGCCGCGCCGCCGCUCCUGCUCGGUCGCAACCCGGCUGCCGGGGGCGGCCAGAUGGCGGCGGCGACGGCGGCGGCGGCGGACGCCGCCCUCAAGAUGGACUCCGCGGGGGCGGCGGCGGCGGCGGCGGCUGCGGCGGCCCUCUGCCGGGACGGCUACCGCACCGCCGUGCACGGGUCAGUAGCCACUCUGCUAGGGAACUCGGUGGUGCUCCCAGAACCAUAA